UAAUUUUAUGGGCGUGGUUACACGUGGAGCCAUCAUGUCUUCUAAUAACAAGAAGUCAAACGGGAAAGAAGAUUCUUAUUCUGGUCUUUGUAGUCAUUUUGAGGCUAACAAGAGAAGCAAAGAAUACGUAGCUCACCAAUCUAAAGUCCAUUCUGUUGGUUGGUCCUGUGAUGGAUCACGCUUAGCGAGUGGUUCGUUUGAUAAAUCAGUUACGAUAUGGUCCCUGGAAUCUGACAGACUGGGAAGGGAUGGGAAUUACAAGGUUCACACGGGCAGUGUUGAUCAGUUGAGGUGGCAUCCAAGCAAGCCUGAAGUAUUAGUGACAGCUUCCGGUGAUAAAACAAUUCGUGUAUGGGACACUAGAGCUGGUAAACCUACGAGUACUGUAACUACUAAAGGAGAGAAUAUUAACAUUUGCUGGUCACCUGAUGGUCACACGAUUGCCGUAGGCAACAAGGAAGACCUACUGACAUUCAUUGACGCUAGGACACUGAAAACAAAGCAUGAAGAACUAUUUAAAUACGAAGUUAAUGAGAUUUCCUGGAACAGACCUGGCGACAAGUUUUUCUUAACGAACGGAAAUGGUUGUGUGGUAAUAUUGAGUUGGCCCGAGUUCAAGCACCUUCACACAAUAAAUGCUCACCCAGCUAACUGUAUAUGCAUCGAGUUUGAUAAAUCUGGAAAGUAUUAUGCAACAGGUAGUGCUGAUGCAUUGACAAGUCUUUGGGACGUCUCAGAAUUAGUGUGUCUAAGAACCUUCUCAAGACUAGAUUGGCCUGUCAGGACCCUUAGCUUCAGUCAUGAUAGUCAAAUGAUAGCGUCAGCUUCAGAGGAUCUCUUCAUUGACAUAGCUCAUGUACAAACGGGUCAGAAGGUCCACCAGAUCACAACCCAGGCUCCUACUUUCACUGUGGCCUGGCACCCAAAGAAACACCUGCUGGUCUAUGCUUGUGAUGACAAAGAUAAACAUGAUAGAGACACUGGAGGGAUUUGGCUCUUUGGGCUACCAAACACUACCUACUGAUGCAAUUUUUAAUGAUUUUUGUAACACCACGUGAUAACACGUGGUUUAAGUGUCCUAAAAUAUACGGAAAAUAAAGUUAUUGAAAAGUCUUAUUUAGGCUUUUUCUUU